GACGAGUCUCUAUGACCUGCACUGCCUGCACUUCGUAACGUGUCCCUCCAGAUUGCGCCUUGAAUUUCCUCUUCCACACUCGCUGCGCAUGCGCUCAUGUUCAUCCCUCGGACGCUGACGGUUGUAAGGAACCACCGCUCGUGACCACAAAGAGGAGGAUGAGCAAGCAAGUGCUAGUCUUGGAGCCGGACUCCGAGCUCCACUUCAAAGGCCCCUUCAACGAUGUGGUGACCUCAUACCUGAAGUUGUCCAACCCAACGGACCGGCGCAUCUGCUUCAAGGUGAAGACCACGGCACCCAAGCGCUACUGUGUACGCCCCAACAGUGGCAUUCUUGAGCCCAAGCAGGCCGUCCAUGUGGCAGUAAUGCUCCAGCCAUUUGAGUAUGAUCCCAGUGAAAAGAACAAGCACAAGUUUAUGGUGCAGACCAUGGUUGCUCCGGAUGGCGACGUCAACCAGGACACAGUGUGGAGAGAUGCAAAUCCUGAAGCCCUCAUGGACUCUAAGUUAAAGUGUGUCUUUGAAAUGCCUGCUGAGGCUGCCCCCCAGAAUAACCUAGACCUGAGCACGUCUCACGGUGACGAAAAGGGAGCUGCCCCUAAGACACUUACCGAGUCCGCCCCCAAAUCCCCCAAGGCAAGCUUCUUUGAAGCUGACCUGAAGAGAGUCACCGAGGAAUGCCGGCGACUGAGGGACGAAGUGGCCAACUUGCGCCAGGAAAAUGCUGCCCUCAAGGAGGAUGGCCUGCGGCGGCGCAUGCAGAACAUCACCUCGGCCCCCACAGCCUCGGAGGCAGUGACCGCUCACUCGGCCCCCGAGACUGGCUCGCAGCCAGCCCAUCGUGCCAAGGAGCACUCGCUGGCUCAGCCGGCCGGCAUCUCGCCCUUGAUGCUCACCCUGUUUGCUCUGGCCAUGGUGGUGACGGGGGUGCUGGUGGGCAAAUGGCUCUUCUGAGGCUGGCCGGGCAGCACCCAGAGAGCAGUCCCUCCUCCCCCACUGUGACCCGCUUUACCCUUUGCCAGUGAGACGACACUGACAGGCAGGGGCCAGAGGAACAGCAGUUGCCCCUCUCCUCUUCGUUUUUGCUCUCCUCCUCGUGCCUGCUUCUCUUUUUUUUAUGUUGUUCCUCGCUACAUUACAAGUCUUCGAAGCCUCCCCAACCACUGUCCUGUCCCCCCUUUUUUUUUGUUACCCUGUACACUCCAGCUCAUUUACGAGCAGCAUUCCCUCCGACUUGUAUAAAUCCGACUCACCUAUUCAACAAAGGUCAGCUAUCAGCUGGCACCCUUUUUGGCAAUUUAAUUUAGAUGCCUUUUUUUUUUUUCUCGUGUGUCCUUUUUUGUUUUGGGAGGAGGGGGUAGGGGGAAAGCAGAGUUGAUUGCGGUACAUUGUCACACCGAGUUUUUUUUUUUUUUUUUUUUAAGAUUCGGUAAAGUGGUUGGACACUGGCUUUUGAAGUGUAAUCGAGGGAGGUGAAAUUAUCAGUUGUAGGUAUUUUCUGGUUAGUAUGUUGCCUACAUCGCGAGAAGCAGCAAGAAUCUAGCCAACAGGUGCUUUGGAAGGCUGGUUGGGAAAACCAGCAAGCUGCUGCCGUGAAUUGUGCUUAUGGAAAUCUUGCGAUUGGAGGCUGUAGUCGAAAUCCUAAUGCCCGUCAACAUGCGACGGUGGCCUGGACAACGGUUUGUGCCUUCUGUUGUCCCGCCCCCGGGUGUUGACUUGUUCCGAUUUUGCCUUCCGUCUGACAGCUUGAGCACGCACAGAGGUGCUUGGUUCUGGGUGGCUGCGAGCUGUGUGCAAGGAGGAUGCGUGCAGGGGAAGGAAGGUCAGCUUGGGAGGCAGUGACAGAACACACUGAAGGGGAGGGAGCCUGUGUCAACAUGUCGUCGCAUCCUUUAUUUAAGCGCCAGGAAAGAGCUGUCGCUAACUACUGCAAGUGUUGAGACCAGUUUCCUUUCACAAUAGCAACUGCAGACCGCAUUUGACAAAUAAAAUUUUCCAUAAACUAACGCACCUCUUGGGGAGAGGGGGGGGGGGGGGGUCCAUUUAAUUGCCUUGUUAUGCUGUCAGACCUGGUUCUGUCUUUUUUUUUUUUUAUUAUUUUUGUUUGUUCAAAGUUGUCUUAAUGUGACGAGGCCCUUGGAGCAAUCUGCAUCUGCUGACAAAAGUGAUUGUAACCAAGGCAGUAGUCUUUAACAGCUGCGCUCCAUUGCCCGGUAGCUCUUGACCUGGGUUUUGUUUGGUAUGGAACAUUUCAGUGGGUUGCACCACACUGCACUGUCCAGUUUUUCCAAGCAAGUUAGAGGACUUCCGAGGGUUCCUUAUGAACCACAUUAGGCACGAUCGUUGCUGCUGCAUCUUAGGUCUCUACAAAGUAAAUGACAGAACUGUCCAAGUGGUGCAAAGACUGCAUUGGUAGGAGAUUUGGCAUCCCUUUGUUGAGACUGUGAAACAGCAGUGGAAACAAAGCGUGGCUGUGAGAAAUGCGUGGUUUUGCGUAUUUCAAGCCACUGUAUUUUGAUUUCUCUUUCUUUGGCGGUGUGUAUCUUUCUAGGUUUGACUUUGUGCCCAGCUUUAUUAUGUGAGCCAUCUUGGCUAACCUUAGGGAAUGAUGUAUGAAUAUAAAAAUGCUAAAUAAAAGUGGUUGAAUUAAAA